AUGUCUACUCUUCAAGAACAAAACAUCGCCUUCCUACAGCAAUUCAGGAGAUGUUGCAUUGUUUCUUCUCAUUUAGAAAACACUAUUAUUCAACCGAAACCUUUUCCUGCACGCAAGUUGGAUUCGUUUGAUUGUGAGGGAUAUGUGUCCAAGGGAAGGUUGAAACCUGGCGAGGAUAAAUAUGCCGCGAACAAGUUCAACCAGUUGGCGAGCGAUGCGACGUCGGUAAAAAGGAACAUCAUCGACAGUAGAGAACAUUUUUGCAAGAAGCUGAGUUAUGAAGGGAAGAGUAUGAAAGCGACUUCCGUGAUCGUGACUUAUCACAAUGAAGCUCGCUCGACUUUGUUGCGAACAGUGGUCAGUGUACUGCUCCGCAGUCCAUCUCACCUUAUUCAUGAAAUCAUCCUGGUCGAUGACUGUUCAGUCGAUGAAUCGAUUGGAAAGGAGAUAUCACAACUGGAGAAGGUUGUGGUUAUUCGAAACACAAAACGUGAAGGUCUCAUCAGAUCUCGUGUGAAAGGUGCUUCGUACGCUUCUGCGCAGGUUCUGACCUUUCUGGAUAGUCAUGUAGAGUGCAAUGUUGGUUGGUUGGAGCCUCUUCUUGCCCGUCUGAGUGAAAAUCCAACUGCAGUUGUUGCUCCAAUCAUUGACGUCAUCAACAUGGAUAAUUUCAACUAUGUUGCUGCCAGUGCGGAUUUACGUGGUGGCAAGUACAAAUUUUACAUAGGAUGGAACACUGCAUUUGAUAUGAGAAAACUCACAUGUACUGAGAUUUUUCAAGGUUUCGAUUGGAAUCUCGUGUUCAAAUGGGAAUUCCUAACUGGAAAGCUUAAGGAACAACGUCACGCUCAUCCUACCGAUCCUAUAAAAUCACCAACUAUGGCUGGUGGGUUAUUUUCAAUCAGAAAGAGCUGGUUUGAGGAACUCGGUGCAUACGACAUGGGGAUGGAUGUCUGGGGAGGAGAGAAUUUAGAGAUGUCAUUUCGAGUGUGGCAAUGUGGGGGCUCACUAGAGAUUAUCCCAUGUAGUCGAGUCGGGCAUGUGUUUCGUAAGCAGCAUCCCUACACUUUUCCUGGUGGCUCCGGAAACGUCUUCCAGUCGAAUACAAGACGAGCUGCUGAAGUUUGGAUGGACGAGUACAAGGCCAUUUAUCUCAAAAAUGUACCAUCAGCAAGAUAUGUUAAAUUUGGAGAUAUCUCACAGCGAUUGGCCAUUCGGGAUCGGUUGAAAUGUAAGCCUUUCUCGUGGUAUCUGCAAACUGUUUAUCCCGAACUGAAAGUUCCCGAUCGGGAUGCGGCUGAAUUAUUUCACAUAAGAAAUGAACAGCUUUGCCUCGAUACUCUGGGACGCAAAGCUGGUGAAAGCCCAGGCGUUUACCAGUGUCACGGUACUGGUGGUAACCAGGUAACGUUAAUUCCUUAG